GACCAGUGUGGGGUUGGGGGAAGAGAAGACUGGGUCUAUUUUGCUCGCUGUUUUAGAGCUGCACUCAGAGGAAAUGAAGUGUCUUGAAUACACAAAAAAACAAGACUAAAAUGGACUCACUGGUUUUAUAUAUUGCAGUUGGAGCAAUUUUAAAGAUGCCUAAUCUAUCUUCAGGAAUCACUUAUAAUGUGGAAGUGAAGGAGAAUUCAAGUUUCUCUUGCUAUACUGAACCAUUAGAUGAUGCAAGCCCAAAGCCCAAGGUCAUUAAAUUGUACCUGGGUUUACAAAAUUUGAAAAUCAGCUGUCAUUUAUAUAAUGUAAAUGAGGAGGAUACUUUGGAGAACAGAAAAAAGCUUCUUCUGCUAUAUACCUCAUCAGGGCUUGCUCCCACCAUUCAGAUCUUCAACAGUACCUAUUCUGGGAUCUUCUACUUCAGAAUGAAGCUGGAAGAAAGUCAGUCUACCUGGACUAUCGAUAUCCCCAGAAGAAAUAUUACAUAUAAUACAGAUAUUGCUCCAAUAGAGGAAUGGUUUGUAAGAUUCACCAUGCAUCAUAGAUUAAACAUGUUUGCUACUGAAGGAACACUACUAGAUGUUUUUAGAGAGCCUCUUCUUCAGUGGCAUCUUGGCAAACCAAUAAACUCUACUGAAAUUGCUGCUUUAAUACCCGAUGUAAUAAAUAUCACAGUGUCAAAAUGCCCCUGUGCUAAUGAUGUGGCAGUAAUUGCUCUUAUAUGCAAUGAUACAGUACAUGGAAUUUAUUUAGGAGUUACCCAUUCUGGAUUUAUAUCUCGAGAAACACAGUGGUUCAAUAUGACAAACAGCCUGUGUAGUCUCCUAGACGAUGACUGUGCUGGCCUUUCACUUGUGAAUAUAAUCUUAACGAAUAAUCAUUUAAUAAUCCUCACUACAUUGGGCCUUUUCAUUAGUCAAGAUCUACGCUAUCCAACCGGAAGGAUUUUAAAUUUCACCAAACCAAGUUUCUGUGGCUUUGAAAGGGAUGAUUAUUUCAGCGCAAAUGUAUGGUAUAAUGUGCAAUGUCUAGCUAAUGCAGAGAGCUAUGAAGUGGAUUACAUUAGCCUCUCGUUCAACAAAGAUAAGACAUUAAGCCAGGUAUCUACCUGUUUCUAUAGUAAUGAUCCAUAUAUAGAAUGGUACAGUUGCUUGCCCCAUAGAAUUCAUGGUGGAAAGACACUUUCUAGACGAGUAGUGGCAUUUCUUAUUGACUAUCAGCAGAACACUGGAAUAGGUCUUAUAACUGUUCAGAAUAAAGCAAUGGUCUCGGUGUACAAGAUAACAGACCACAAAUUGAACAGGCAAACAAAAUUUCCAGUAUUCUGGUUUCCAGACCCUAAGUUUUUGCCUUUUGGAAUGUUUUUUCACCCAGGAAGUCACUUUCUCUAUGUUUAUGGAAGCCAGGUCUGGUUUUCUGAUGAUGGAGGCAACACUUUUAUGUUGUUAAUCACUCUGGAGAAUGAAAUAAUUAUAAAAACAAAUAUGUGUGUUUAUAGUCACUCAGUUGCAUUUGUGACGGACAAGGGAAACAUCUUCUUUACUAAGGCAGGUUUAGAAAGAUAUGCCAAGCUUACAACAUCAGCACACGAUGUUUUCAAUUUGUACUACGACCAUUUGGGGUCUUUAAAUAUAAUUUCUCUGAAUGAAUCAGUCUCUGAUAGUCUGGAAGUACACCUGCUUGAUGUUAUCACUCUAAUACAGGAGGACGACAUAGGUUUUGAUGGCCCAUUGUCACCACAAUACAUCACUGAACAGCAAAUGGUAUUUUUUGAACAUAUCCCAUUGAAUGGAAAAUCAAGAAGUGUUCAAAAGUCAAGAUUUUAUGGUCUGCACAAAGGCAAGGUGUUACAAUAUCGGCCAAGAGGAUCAGCUACAAUAGUCAAUGUUUUCCAUCAUGAAUAUCCUCCACAAUAUUUGUCCUCUAUCACCGUAGACGUUCUGGAAAAGUUUCCCUUUAGAGAUGAAGAGAGAAACUCCUUUAUACGUAAUUCUUUACGUAUUUUGAAGGUGUCAGACACCACCAGAGUUAAGCUUCAGCUUGUUUCUGAAUAUUAUAAUAGUUCGGAGCAGGUUGUUUCUUCAAGUCUUAAUGAAUUUAAAUCUUCUGAUAUUGAGAAGACUGUGGUGAUUCCUGGCUUUAGCAGCUUCCUGAUUGUUGAAGUUCUGGAUAGUCUGAAUGCUUUGGCAGAUGCUACCAUGCCUGAGAGAGUGCAGUUCAACAAAAGUUUUGCCUCAGACAUGUGGUUUGUGUAUGACUUUGGCACUAAGAAUGGAAGAAGAUGGAAGAUUAUCGUAGAUACCUGUAGAUACUGGGUACGAGAGCUUGAUAAUCUACCACUGAAUGCCAUUAAAUACCUGGAUCUUACCCAAACCUUCAAUUUUGGAUUCAGAGUAACCCCUGUUAAUACAGCCUAUCCAAUCUUUCACAUGCCACUAAUGAAGCUAGUAGUUGGAAAUCCAUCCAUAUUUAAAGUGAAGACAAAUGAUUACUGGGAUGACACUGAUAGUUACACCAUGGAAUUCUCUGUUACUAACAAUUUUUACAAACAAGGUAAAUCUUCAAUAGCUGUCAUUCUCACAAAAGCAUCACUUGUUUGUGAUGUGUCAACAAUUGUGCUAACACUGAAGAGUGGCUGUUCGUACAGUAAAUCAAUGCACUACAUUUCUCCAGUUUCAAUCUCUGCCCAGAGUUGGCUGCAUGGGGACCCAAAAGACCCAUAUGGUUUCAAACUCUUAAAACAGUUGCCGGUAAACUACAGGCCUCCAUCUAAACUGGGAAUAGCUGUUCCACUCACUGAUAACUUUUAUAAUGCUGACCCCAGCAAACCUAGAAUGAGAGAUUAUUUUGCUGGAUCAAAAAAUUCUGGAGCCUACAAGCAGUGUGCCAACAAGUCAACUCGAGCAGAAUGUAACUGCAAUGACAACGAGAAACUUUCCUUUUUUGUUGCUUUCUCAGAUUGCAAGGAGAAGGCUUUGAGGAUGAAAUAUCCAGUUACAAGACUUCCAGUCAAUUUCAGAGUUGACAGUGAGAAUGAAUAUACACCACUGGUAUCUCCUUUUUUUGUCACAGUCACAGAGGUUAACCAUAGGACAAACUGGGAAGUUGCAGGUACCAAUGAAACACCAAGCAUGUUAAAAAUGAGAGCGUAUUUAGCUGAUAAACUCAACAUUACACUGUAUAAUCCAGAAGCCCUAGCCCUAAACAUAUAUGGGUCUGAGCUUUUUCAUUUCAGGGUAGCAACUAUUCCUGGAGUCUCCUUUUGCAAUCUACUUGAUGAAUUUCAGAUUUAUGUUGAUGAUGCUCCUUUGGCCUUCCCAGGACAAUAUCUUGUUAGCACAGUAACAGCUGUAUUAGUAGGAGGCAUCAUCUUUGUCAUAUUUAUGAUGCAAAUAUAUGAAAUAAACAUAUGGAACAAAGUGAAAAGUAAAGUGAGGAAAAAGAACAAAGUAUCGGUGUCUGAAACCUCAGCAACUGUUACUUCUACUUCUUCCUAGGUUGGACAACCACACUUCUAAAUGAAAUACAAGGUGACACCCAAUAGCAAGUUAUUCCAUCCCCCUUUAUUAAAUCUCUCUCUUAUCUACAUUUCCCAAGACAGACGUUGAAAGUAAUUCCUAUUUAAUAUUGUUAUGUUAUCUAUCUUCCUUCAUUGAUAUUUUUACAUAUGUAAUUUUUCCAUCAGGAUUUGGUUUCUUUAUAAAUGUAUGUAUUGAAAUCUAGAGGAAAAUAUAUUCAUUUACAAAUUAUUUUAUUAGGAAAGUGUUUUCAGAUGUUGUAAAGAACUUCAUUUGUAAUAAGGUACUACUUAACAUAAGUGAGAGUGCCAAUACAGUAAAAGUCUGUAACAACACUUACACUUGGUUAUGAAGAGAACCGGGAAGCCUUGGCUAGGCAGUGCUGCAAAUGUUGUUCCUUUUAUUCACCUCGGCGAAAUAAAAAGAGACCCGCUUGCUACAAUAUUGACCUCCCGUGGUUCAGCAAAUUCUCUGGUUUGGCUCUGGUCAGAUCCCGAGGGUACCAGACUAGAGAGGUUCAACCUGUAUAAAUUACUCAAGUUUGUUGUAUUUGGCUAUUAAAGGGCAGACACAAGAA